AUGAAGAUCAGCAUCGCCCCGCUCGUUCUCGUCGCUGCGCUGGCUGGUUUUGGAGAGGCGUAUACCUGCACCGCUCGCUUUAUGUAUUGCGGCCAAGCUCUCCUGGAGGCUGGUGAGCCUUUUGCCUCUUCUACGAUCAUGGCAGAACUUAACCGCGCGAGCAACCGAACAUAUUUCAAAGAGAAGCAUAUCUCGGAGACCCUCUUCUAUUGCCGUCCCGACUCCAAAGGAAAAGUCCCCGAAGGGAAAAUUCAGUUCUACAAGUACUGCAAGAAUGGUUGCAAGAGUGCUGACCAGUACCAAAUCAUUGGAUUCAACCAGACCUGUGUCGAGUAA